GGAGGAGGUAGUUGUUAAGUGUUUGUUAAGGCCACAUACUGGUAACAGAUAUAUUACACAAAGGCUGUGUCUCAGCACAUAGAAGCCAGUCAGCAGAGAGCUUUCUUCAAAAACCCUGCCGCAAUCUUUAGAGAAGUGUCUCCCGUUUAAUAUAGAAUGAAGACGAAUGGGAUUUGUAUAACUCUGUCCUUCUUAUGCUACUAUGUAUGUGAAUCUCUUCCUCAAAAUAAUAUCCAGCACCUUAAAGAGGAUGUUGUAUGUGAUGACUUACAGGGAUCCAAAACCAUCAUGGACAGAUGUGGAGUUUGUGGCGGUGACAACUCAGCCUGUGAAACAAUCACAGGAACUUUCAAACGUUCAAUCCUGUCAGUUGGGUAUCACAAAAUUCUUGAAAUUCCCAAAGGAGCAACAAAAAUAAACAUAACAGAGAUGGUUAAAAGUAAAAAUUACCUUGCAUUGAGAAAUCACCAUGGCGAACCACUCAUCAAUGGAAACUGGGCCAUCGAUAGACCAGGCAUUUUCACUGCAGCAGGAACAACAGUGACCUACAGGAGGCCCAAUGAAAUCAGCACUAAAGCAGGGGAGUCCAUUAUUGCCGAGGGACCAACUAAUGAAGUAUUAGAUGUUUAUGUCAUAUACCAGCAGCCUCAUCCGAGUGUGCAUUAUGAGUAUAUUUUACCCAGGGAUAAUGUGUUCAGCAUACAACCUAUUCCAAAUUCAGAUAUUCAACCACUAGGCGAGGCUCUGAGCAGCCAACUAGGAGUCUAUACUGAGAAUGGACAAGGCUACAUCUUACCUGAUGUCAAUGGAGAGAACUUUGUAAAUGGUGUCCACACAAACCAGUUCCCUCCAGAGCAGGCUGCACCCACCACUGAGACAUAUGAAUUGUACCCCUUGGAGGAAAGGAGGGAAAGACAAACAGCAUACAACUGGAAGCACGCUGGAAUGACUGAAUGCAGUGCCACUUGUGGGAAAGGCAGUCAGUUCUUGAUUUUCGUCUGUGUGGAAAGAAUCACGCAUGAGCAGGUUUCUGAAAACCUUUGUGAUGUAGCCAUGAGACCGACACCCAAAGAGGAAACUUGCAACUCUCAGCCCUGUCCUGCUUUCUGGGACGUUGGGGAAUGGUCUGAAUGCAGUAAGACGUGUGGUCCUGGAAUUCAGCAUCGGCAGGUGCUGUGCAGACAGGCCUAUUCUAACCAAACAACAACCGUCCAUCCUCAUCGCUGCCACCACCUGGAGACGCCAGAGACCACCAGCACCUGUCAGCUGAAAAUCUGCAGCGAGUGGCAGAUCCACACUGACUGGACUUCAUGCUCAGUGCCUUGUGGGGUGGGACAGAGGACCCGAGAUAUUAAAUGUGUGGACAAUCUGGGAGAUGUUGUAGAUGAUGAAGAGUGUAACCUGAAUCUAAAGCCAGAGGACUCAGAGAACUGUGAUGCAGGCCCCUGUGCAAGGAGCUGGUUCUUAACAGACUGGAGUGAAAGGUGCUCAGCUAAGUGUGGGAACGGCACCCAGACGAGAGGUGUUGUUUGCCUCAUGAACCAUAUCAGCAGUUUACCUUUGGAAGGCUGUGGCAAUGAGAAGCCCAUGGAAAGCAUGCCUUGUAACCUUGGGCUGUGCAAUGAGAAAGUGGAGUGGUUUACAGGACCAUGGGAUCAGUGCUCAACUGAAUGUGGCAAUGGCACUAAAAGCAGGAGUGUGGUCUGCCUGAAAAGGUCAAAUAGCAGUUUAGUGGUGGUCGAGCCCUCCGAAUGCAGUCGGCUUGAGAAGCCAGCUACAGAAAAUAACUGUUAUCUGAAGAAAUGUGGGGCAAAGUGGUUCACCACAGAAUGGAGUGCGUGUUCAAAACCAUGUGAAGGUGGCUACAGGGUGCGAGAAGUCCGUUGUCUUGCAGACGACAUGACGCUGAGUGGCAGCUGUGACCCAUUCCUCAUGCCAGAAGAUAGAGAAGAAUGCAACUUUCAUCAAUGCAUCCCUGAAAUAGAUGAAAACUGCAGAGAUAUGUACUUCAACUGCAAUGUGGUGGUACAAGCCAGACUUUGUAUUUAUUCCUACUAUAAAACAGCAUGCUGUGCCUCUUGUACAAAAGCCAUCAGGAAAGGUGUCGGUCUAAGGAGAUAACUCUGCCAUGAGAACAUUCAAUAUUUCUUACAAUUUACUGAAGUACAUUCAAGGUAAUAUCAUGAAGACAUUGCAUGUGCAUUAUGCUUUUUGACAUAAACAUGACAUUAACAUGACAUAAAUGUUAGCUGGUCCUGCAUAUGAUUUUGCACAAAUUAAAUAAUUGAUAUUAGUAUGCUCUAAAGUUUGACUUUUAACAUUAAACUACUGAAAAUCCUGAACUAUCCUGUAUUGCCUACAUCCAGAUUGUCAAAUGAACAUGUGAUUUUUUUUUAAUUUUUUUAACUUUACUACAUUUAGGGCUUCUAGUUUUGGGGUUUUAUUUCUGAUCACAUGAGUAGGCAUAUUUUGAGCCAAUUCGCUUUCUUAAUCAAACACUAAUUACCAAAGGAAGUUGUUUCUUUUACCCUCAUAUCUUGAUUGAGUUAACAAACGACGUGCAUUGAUGUCCCCGUAUUCUAUUUGAACCUGCAUUUCCUUCUGGCUCUAAUUACCGAAUUCAUCUUAUUAAUUUCCACUGCAUUAGUUUCUGGUAGUGUGUCACUAAUUUAAACAAUCUGGUAUUCAGUUAUGGCUUAACAACUAUUAAAUAAGGUUUAAAGGGAGGGAGAGAGAUGGAAAAUAAAAACCAAAAACUAGAAGCCCUAACUAUAUUACAGUGAGUAAUAAAAUGCUGUUUCACAUAUAAAAAUAUUUGUCAAAAUUAUUUUUUAACGUGUUAUUGUGAUUUUUUAUGAGCAUUUUUAUUUUCCACAAGAACGUCGAACCUUGCUUUGAAACACACAAAUAUACUCCAAAGCCUCUACAGUUCUGUGUACCAGAACCGUGGCAAGGGAAAGAUUGCAGAACGAUUAGAAUGCUACAAGGCUAAGCCGAGAGGCUGCCUUGUGCGUUACCAUAUGGAACCCCAGUAGCAAGUAGCUAGGGCUAGGAGCACCUUGGCCCAGUCCUGCCUGAUUUUCUCCAGACAUAGCGAGAGCAAGGCGAGCGGUGGGAAGGCAUAUAACAGUUGCCUUAGCUACUGGUGUGCCAAGGCAUCUGCUGCCAGCGGGUCCCCGGCUCCUACUAUGGAGAAUCAGUGGGGACAGUGGGUUGA